AGGUCGACCAUCUCCACAACUCUCAACACACUCUUGUGCUGUCAAACACAUUGCAAUUAGACAGCGACGCAGUCACGUAGAGCGAAUCUUCUGCGUACAUCGAAUUCAAAAGUAUCGGCUGGAUCCACCGACCGAUAGCCCCGGCGAUCCCUCAGAGUCGACGACGACCGCCCCGACAGAGAUCGUGACAUAACCUACACCACCUGCUCCACCCGCCCCUAAUUCACAAUGGCGACCGCUACCGCGACCUCGGUCCCCGCAUCCGCCGCGGCUGCGAAUGAGAAGACGCUCACCGAGGCCCUUGCCGCCGCCUCCAUCUCCGACGAGCCCAAGACGGAGGACGCUGAGAAGAAGGACGAGGAGGAGCUCGAGGAAGGCGAGAUCAAGGAGGAGGAGGACGACGGAUCCCCCAAGACCAUCUUCCACGACGCCCGCCGCUUCAACAUCAAGCACCCCCUGUCGUCCAAGUGGACCCUCUACUUUGACUCGCCUCAAUCAAAGGCGCUCCCAAAGACGCCGCAGACGUCGCUCACUGCCCCCGGUGGCCACUCGGGAGGAUGGCUCGAUGACAUCCGCAAGGUCAUCGAGUUUGACUCUGUGGAGGAGUUCUGGGGUGUCUACCACAACAUUGUCUCGCCCAGCCAAUUGCCAGGCAAGGCCAACUACUACCUGUUCAAGAACGGUAUCAUCCCCGCUUGGGAGGACCCUCAGAACAAGAACGGUGGCAAGUGGGCCAUCCAGGUGCCCCGUGACAAGUCCAAGGCGACCAUUGACAAGGCUUGGCUGUACACUAUGCUCGCUGCCAUCGGCGAGACUUUCGAGACUCCCUUGGACGGCUCGGUUCCCGAGAACUCGGACCUCGUCACCGGUGUCAUCGUCUCGUCCAGGCCAGGAUUCUACCGUAUCUCCAUCUGGACGCGCGACGCUCCCGAUGUCAAUGCCCCCGAGACGGACGCCUUGAUGAAGCGCAUCAUGACCAUUGGCCGCCACUUCAAGGUCUCGGUCCUCAGCUACGACCUCGACCAGAAGCUCGUCACGGGCGGCUUCCAGACCGAGGUCACCUUCGAGUCGCACAAGGACUCGGAGCGCAAGGGAAACCGCAACAAGGAGGCGGGCGUGCAACCACGAAAGAAGACGGCGCCGAGCGGGCAUGGAGGAGGAAGAGCAGGCGGCUUCAAGGUCGGCCCCAAGCACGCGCCAAAGGACGCCUACCUGGGACGAGCCCAGAAGCUCAAGGCGAACCUGAUCGAGGCGGCCAAGGUGAAGAAGCAGUACGCCAAGGUCCUCGCGGCCGAGGGCAUGUCCUCUACACGACUGAAGCGCGACCCCGACGCGCCGGCACCAGCAGCAGCAGCUGCAUCGAGCUCGAAGCGUUCGUCCGAGACGAAGGGCAAGAGCGCGGCCAAGCCGAAGCGCCAUGACCCAUUCGCGGUGCCGAAGAGCGACGACGACUUCUCCGACUCGGACGAGGAGGAUGACGACGAGGACGCGGUCGGCGGCCGCUCUGGCAGCGAGGACGAGGACGAGACGCCAGACGACAGGAGGGUGCGUUCCCGCGCUGGACCCGCACCGGGCGACGACGACCGGCGGCGUAGCCGCGCUGGCCCCGCACCAGGAGAGGACGACCGGCGGAGGAGUCGUGCCGGCCCCGCGCCUUCGUCGGGCCCAUCGCGAUCCCCCGGCUCCGAGCUCAAGCGCCAGGUCUCGCACCCCUACAAGCUGCAGCCUCGCAAGAGGGACGACCAGGAGGGCAAGGGCAAGGGCAAUGGCAAGUUUGACGGCAAGAAGUUUGGCAAGGGCAAGGCUGCGGCAGCGGAGCCUGUGCCGCCGGCCGAGCCCCUCCCCUCCCUCCGCACGAUGAAGCGCGACGCAUUCAGCAAGCACCACGACAAGAGCUCGGCACCUCGCGGCGCGCUCGGCUCGGCUAGGCGCGGUCAGCCCAACAUGGGCUCGAGGAUGGACAUGCUGCUCGAGAAGAUCAAGCGGUCCAAGGCAUGAUGUAUGGUGUUUGGAGUGGUGUUGGGGAGGGAGGGACUGACG